AGCGAGGCUGUACUCUUGGUGAUGUUUUUCAACUCUGCCAAGUGAAAAGCCAUCCUAUUACUAGCUUGAAUGGUAUGAGGCAACAAAUCAUUGCUGAGCCACUGAAGCCAAAGGCUGUAUACACAAACAUGCACUGCUGGUUCGCUGCCAUUACCAGGCUGAACACCAGACUCAGCAUAAACCCUUUUGAUACAAACUCCGCUUCAAGCAUCUUCAAGUCCCUAUUUUGACAGCCGACCCAUCGAAAUUCAUCAGGAUGUGCUACGAAAAAUACGUCCUCAACAAAUUCAAAUGCGGCGCAACCACGAAAACCGUCCGUGAAGAAUGCGCCUGCAAGAAACCUAGAAGUGCAGCAUGUAAGAAAGAACGCAAGGAGAAAAGCUAUUGUGUAGGGACGACAGAGAAUCCAAAGUGCGGGACGUGCCACACCUGCCAAUGCGAGAAGCUGGAGAAGAGUGUGGAUACUUCGAUGAAAAGGAAGACCGAUCUUAAGCGAGGUGGGAAGAAGGAUAGGAGGCCUUAGCCUUUUAGUAACGGGCGUCCAGGGGGAAGUAUUGAUGGAUAUUGGAUUCUGUG